AUGAAUGCGAGUUCUUUUAAAACCUCCAGAAAUGAUUACAAAAUUUAUGAGAAUAAGCAAGAAAACCAAACGUUGGAUAUUCUUAUUAUUGGAGCAGGAGUGAUUGGCAUCACGAUUGCUUGUGCUUUAUUGUCAAAGGGUCAUCGAGUAAAAAUUGUUACUCGUGACCUUCCUUUCGAAGAACGUUCGGAACAAUGUGCAUCUCCGUGGGCAGGAGCGAUUUGGUAUCCGUUUGAAGAUGAAUGGAAUGAAACGUGUAAACAAUCGUACUUCGAAAAACAAACAUUUGAAGUUAUGCAAAGGAUGAAAGGCGAUACAAAUGUGAAAUUGGAUUAUUUGUCUCAACGUUUCCAGGAUAAUUUACCCAUUUUCAGUGAUGACAUUUUAGCAUACUCACGUACAAGAAGAGUUCUGGACCAAGAUCGUAUCUCUGAAACGCUCAAAAUACCUUGGUGGAAAGACGUAGUUGUAAACUUUUGCGAAAUUGAUGAACGUGUUCAAGAUUUCACUACAUUUUCCUUGCAACCGACGGAGUAUUUGAAGCGUCUUUUGGAUCAUUAUAAAUGUGAUCGAUUGACUUUUCACCGUGGAACAGCUUCUUCUUUAGCUCGUGCAAAAGAACAAUUUUUACCAAAUGCCGAUUUGAUCAUCAACGCAUCAGGUUUGGGCGCACGUUAUUUAGCCGACGUAAACGACAAGCUCGUAAUGCCCAUUCGCGGACAAACAAUCGUAAUCAAGAAACAAUCAGCCCUAGAAGUCAAUCAAGGUGAUGAUCAAAUUCAGUCUUUGUUCGUUGAAGGUACAAGAGAUGGUCACGAUAUGAUUUAUGUCAUUUCAAGAGCGGAUUCCGAUGAAAUCCUUCUAGGGGGUUCAGCCGAGCCGGAUUCUUUUAGUACAUUACCCGAUAAAGAUCAAAUUCAACGUAUCAUUCAAGGCACGAAACAAUAUUCACAUCAUCUUUGUGCUGAUCUGCAAAAGUCGAUAACCGAUCCAUCAAUCAUUCAUACCGGCGUUGGUUUGCGUCCGGGACGAAAAGGAGGGCCCCGAUUAGAUUGGCAAGAGGAAAAGAAGGAUAUUAACGGGAAGCAAAUCUUGCCACCUGUGAUACAUGCAUAUGGUUCCGGCAAGACUGGCUUUCAAGUGAGCUGGGGAGUAGCAAUAGAGGUUAUGCGAAUGGUUGAAGAACAUACAAUGGUUUCAUAA